AAAUCUCUCACUUUCUUUCUGAGUGUGAGCUCGUGCAGCUUUGUGUUCGGCGCUGAGGGGAAAAGAAAAAGGAGGAAAGUUUUUUAAUUUGGUUAUUACUUUGUAAUAAACAACCUGCUGUAAAAAUGGACAUUGCAGAGCCUGCGGUGGAAAACCCUGGACAAAUGGUGAAGGAUGAAUUAGCUGAGAAGUGUCAGAAGUUAUUCCAGGCGUUUUUGGAAGAGUUUCAGAACAGCGAUGGCGAGUUGAAGUAUUUGCGUGACGCAGAGGAGCUGAUCCGUCCGGAGCGAAACACGCUCCUGGUGAGCUUCACUGACCUGGAGGGAUUUAACCAAGAACUGGCGACCAUCAUCCAGGAGGAGUUCUACAGAAUCUACCCCUACCUGUGCCGUGCCGUGCGCAACUUUGCCCGGGAUCAUGGCAACGUUCCUGUUACUAAGGAAUUCUACGUGGCGAUUCAGGAUCUGCCGACCAGGCACAAGAUCCGUGAGCUGACCACGCUGCGCAUCGGCUCUCUGGUGCGCAUCAGCGGGCAGGUGGUACGGACGCACCCGGUGCACCCCGAGCUGGUGAGCGGCACCUUCCUGUGCCUGGACUGCCAGAGCGUCAUCAAGGACGUGGAGCAGCAGUUUAAAUACACGCAGCCCAGCAUCUGCCGCAACCCGGUGUGCAACAACCGCCGCCGCUUCCUCCUCGACACCAACAAGUCCAAGUUCAUCGACUUCCAAAAGGUGCGCAUCCAGGAGACGCAGGCGGAGCUGCCGCGAGGAUCCAUCCCGAGGAGCAUGGAGGUGAUCCUGAGAGCCGAAGCGGUGGAGUCAGCGCAGGCUGGAGAUAAGUGCGACUUCAUCGGCUGCCUCAUCGUCGUGCCUGACGUGUCCCAGCUCGCAACACCAGGUGUGCGAGCAGAGACUGGUUCUCGCACGGCCGGAUCUCAGGGUUACGAAAACGAGGGCGUGCGUGGUCUAAAAGCUCUCGGAGUCCGAGAGCUCUCAUACAGACUGGCUUUCCUGGCUUGCCACGUGGCACCGACCAAUCCCAGGUUUGGCGGGAAGGAGAUCCGUGAUGAGGAGCAGACGGCCGAGAGCAUUAAGAACCAGAUGUCGGUGAAGGAGUGGGAUAAAGUGUUCGAGAUGAGCCAGGACAAGAACCUGUACCAUAACCUGUGCACCAGCCUUUUUCCCACCAUCCACGGCAACGACGAGGUGAAGCGCGGCAUCCUGCUCAUGCUCUUUGGCGGCGUCCCAAAGACCACCAUGGAGGGCACGUCUCUGAGAGGAGACAUCAACGUGUGCAUUGUGGGAGAUCCCAGCACAGCCAAGAGCCAGUUUCUCAAGCAUGUGGAGGAGUUCAGCCCGCGUGCCGUGUACACCAGCGGGAAAGCGUCCAGCGCUGCGGGUCUCACCGCCGCUGUGGUCAGAGAUGAAGAGUCGCAUGAGUUUGUCAUCGAAGCUGGAGCUCUCAUGCUGGCUGACAACGGCGUGUGCUGCAUUGAUGAGUUUGACAAAAUGGAGACGAGAGAUCAGGUGGCCAUCCAUGAAGCCAUGGAGCAGCAGACCAUCUCCAUCACCAAAGCCGGGGUCAAGGCCACACUGAACGCCCGAACGUCCAUCUUGGCUGCAGCGAACCCCAUCGGCGGCCGCUACGACCGCUCCAAAUCGCUCAAGCAGAACGUCAACCUGACGGCGCCGAUCAUGUCCCGCUUUGACCUCUUCUUUAUCCUGGUGGACGACUGCAACGAGGUGACUGAUUAUGCCAUCGCCAGGCGCAUAGUGGACCUUCACUCCAGGAUCGAGAACUCCAUCGAUCGUCUCUACACUCUGGACGAGAUCCGGAGAUACCUGCUGUUCGCCCGCCAGUUUAAACCGAAGAUCUCUAAAGAGUCGGAGGAUUUCAUCGUGGAGCAGUACAAGCGCCUGAGACAGCGAGACGGCUCCGGCAUCACCAAAUCAGCCUGGAGGAUCACCGUGCGCCAGCUGGAGAGCAUGAUCCGGCUGUCCGAGAGCAUGGCCCGCAUGCACUGCUGCGACGAGGUGCAGCCCAAACACGUCAAAGAGGCCUUCAGGCUGCUCAACAAGUCCAUCAUUCGGGUCGAGACGCCCGACGUCAACCUGGACCAAGAGGAAGAGGAGGCCAUGGAGGAGGAAGAGGAGGAGAACCGGGAGAACGGGCAUGACGCGCCCAACGGUCACGUGGACGGUCCCGUGAACGGACAUGUGAACGGUCACGAGCACACCAACGGGGUCGAGGGUGAAAACCACAGCGGCAAACCGUCUCUGCGUCUGUCCUUCUCCGAGUACAGGCGCAUCUCCAACCUCAUAGUGCUGCACCUGCGCCGUGCUGAGGAAGAUGAGGAGGAGGAAGCGCUGAAGAAGAGCGCAGUGGUGAACUGGUACCUGAAAGAGAUCGAGUCUGAGAUCGACUCAGAGAUGGAGCUCAUCAACAAAAAGGCCAUGAUCGAGAAAGUCAUCCACAGACUUGUGCAUUAUGAUUACAUCCUAAUCGAGCUGUCGCAGUCGGGCCUGAAGGGCUCCGCCGAGUCCAGCGCAGCCGAAACACAGGAUGACGACGUCACACUGGUCGUGAAUCCGAACUACACACUGGAGGAUUAAACUUUUCAACAUGUGUAAUGUUUAAAAAAUGCGUCCUGAUUGACUUGGGGACACGUCGUAGUGGACGAAGGCUUGGAUCGGGAUACGGCUCGGGUGAUUUUCCUGAAGUUCGGUUAUUGGGACACUUUCAGCACCGUGUGUGUGUGUGUGUGUGUGUGUGUAGACCUUCAGGCAAACGGCCGCGUGAAAAGAAGCCGCUGUGAAAAAAAAAAACACUUGUAAAUAUGUUUCUGGAUUUCUGUUUUAAAGAAGAAUGUUGCUAGUGAUGUUGUUGCUUUUUUAUUAAGCCUGUUAUGCUUUUAUCAUGAAGUAAGAACUCUGUAUUGAAAACAUUUCAUCUGCAUUUUGUUCAAAAUAUAACAAUAAUAAUAAUAAUAAUAAUAAUAAUAAUAAACAAAAACUCAAUUUUUUCUGCAA